AUGUAUGUACUGUAUCGUGUAAAUAUUUUUGUACCGAGUUUGGAUCAACUGAUGCGAUCACCACCAACAAUUUCUUUGCCUCCAACCGCCACCACAAUGAAUGUCGCUCCUCCUCUAAAACAAACUCUGGACUGGUCUGAGCUUGAACUGUGGCAGCGAGACAAUCCAGGUAUCCAAACUGGAUACCGACGCCUAACGUAUUCAUGGGUCGCUUGCUUAAAGACUUUGACAUGGUGGCACAAUGAGACGGGUAGGCAAUCGCUAUUCAUCCUGCUCAAACUUAGAAACCAAGUGAAUAUAUGGUCCCAUCUACUUGGGGCCCUGGGCCUCAUUGUCGUGCUUUUGUUUUCGCUCUACAACGGCAAUUACCUGUCGUUUGCCCUGCCGGACACCGAUUCUCUCGCGGGAAUCUCCACCCAAGGCGACGAAACGAUCUUCACGGUAUUCUUGGCCGGGGCUUUCAUCUGUUUUUCUUGCUCGGCCGUCUUCCACUCCGCCUUAUGCCACUCCGAGCCUAUCGCUAAAUACAUGAACCGAGUUGACUACUUUGGCAUUCUGGCACUCGGUACCGUCAACUACUUUCCAACUUUUCACUAUGCGUUUUUCUGCGAGCCCGGCCUUCGCAAUCUCUACAUUGCUCUCAUGACUGCCUCUGGAUCAACUGGAAUAUACCUUGCCUGCUCUCCGACAUACGCGUCUCCCGAGUAUCGCCGAAUGCGGACAUAUACUUUCUUCGCCUGUGGUGGAGUGGUGCUUGUGCCAUUCGUGCAUGCCAUCUGCCGAAAAGGAUAUCAACAAGCUGAUCAAGCCAUCUCUUUUCGCUGGAUCGUCGUUGAGGCAAUGUUCUACGUCAUCGGCGCGCUCCUCUACUCUGAACGAUUCCCCGAAUCCCGCUGGCCCGGCCGGUUCGAUUUGAUCGGCUCGUCUCAUCAAGUUUUCCACAUUUGCAGUCUGCUCGCCGUAUUAGCGCACUGCCAGUCAAUCGUCACCAGUUUUCGCUAUUGGCAUGUCGUUAGAGGUGGGAUCUGCUAG